AUGAGUACGAGAGCCACUGUCGCGCAGGUGGCCACCCAGUUUGUUCUGGAGCGUUAUCAAGAUCAUUUCAAUGAUCCAAGAACAACUUUAAAUGGAAUUCGGCAGCCGUUGGUUGUGUACAUUUCAGGCCCGCAAGGAUCAGGUAAAACGUUCUCUUCUGAAGGUGUUAAACAAAUCCUUGGAAAGACCAGACCCGAUUUGGAAAGUAUUGUUGUUUCCAUUGAUGAUUUUUACCUCACCCACAAAGAUCAACAGACACUAUCUCAGCACUAUCCCGACAACGCCAUGUUACAGGGUCGAGGCCUGCCAGGUACCCACGACAUGCAAUUGCUGCAGCAGUUUAUGAGCCGGUUGUGUGAAAACACUGGCUCAACACAAAUCCCGGCCUAUGAUAAGUCCCAAUAUGCUGGAGAAGGCGACAGAGUUGAGUCAAGCAAGGAAGUGCAAUUACCGGUGGAUAUCGUGAUUGUUGAAGGCUGGUUUCUAGGUUUUGAAAGUGUGUCUCGAGAAAGCCUCACUUGCAUGUGGAACGAAGCGUCAACACAACGUGGAAAUGUUCUUGGUGUGCAUCCGUUGAACAACUACACAGAGAUCAAUGCAUCUUUAAAAUCUUAUGCUGAUCUGCUUUGGGAGGACACCAAGCAAUUCUCAGUUGGGGUUAUAAUCGCCGCAGAUGUUGAAAACGUUUACGCUUGGCGGCAGGAACAGGAAAAUGAUUUGAUUGCGAAAACAGGCCACGGCAUGAGCGAAGAGCAAGUCCGGAGUUUUGUUUUGCGAUACAUGCCCUGUUACGAGCUUUACUACCGCACGUUAAAAACCAAAGGUAACUUGGGCAAUGCGGGAACGCUUGUUGUAAACAUAGAUAAACAACGCUCCGUCGUCAACGUUAACCAGAGAUGA